GACACCUUCUGCUUCUAACUCUCCUCUCGCCUGUCGCUCCUCGAGCAAAAAACCCAGAUUGCAGGAUGUCGACGAGGAAAGCUACACGACCACCAAGAUCACCAGCAGUGGCUCCAGCUACGGUGGUGGUGGUAGCUACGGUGGUAGUAGUAGCUCCAACUACGGUGGUGGUCUGAAUAUCGGCAGCGUGGCGUUGGGCGGUGGUAUGAGGAGAUCCUCAGCAAGAGUAGUGAGCGGAGGGAGACGCGCGAUGUCCAUGAGUGGCAGUAUGCCGAGAUCCCGAAUGUCCUAUUCCUCCUCCAUGGCUGGUGGCGGUGGUGGCAGGAUGAUGGGAAUGUAUGGAAGCAGUGCGGGAGGUAAUUUCGCAGGUGGUUAUGGAGGUUUGGGAGGCAGCUUCGGAACUGGCAUCGGAAUUGGGUCAUCUGUCAACCUGGAUCUCAAUGCCACCGUCGCCCCAGUGGACCCCGCUCUCCAAGCCCAAAGGCAGCAGGAGAAGAACCAGAUCCUCGGGCUGAACAACCGCUUCGCCAGCUUCAUCGAUAAGGUCCGUAUGCUGGAACAGACCAAUAAAAUGCUGGAGACCAAGUUGGAAUUCCUCCAGAACCAGGGCACCUAUGCCUCCAACAUCGACUCCAUGUUCCAGGCUUACAUUGAGAACCUCAAGAGGCAGCUGGAAACUCUGGGACAGGAGAAGGUGAACCUAGAGGGCAGUCUCCUGCAGAUGCAAGCUUUGGUUGAGGAUUUCAAGAACAAGUAUGAAGAUGAAAUCAACAAGCGUACCGAGGUGGAAAACGAGUUUGUCCUGAUCAAGAAGGAUGUCGACGAGUCUUACAUGAACAAGGUGGAGCUGGAAGCUAAACUGGAAGGUCUCACCGAUGAGAUCAACUUCCUGCGAAACAUCUUUGAUGAGGAAAUCCGUGAGCUGCAGGCUCAGAUCCAGGAUACAUCUGUUACCGUGGAAAUAGACAACAACCGCAACCUGGAUGUUGACCAGAUUAUCGCCGAGGUCAAGGCCGAGUAUGACCGUCAAGCACAACGAUCCAAACAGCAGUGCGAGGAGUGGAGAAACGCCAAGAUGGUGGAACUGUCCUCAAGCUCCGGACAAUUCGGUGAUGAUCUUCGCUCAACAAAGACUGAGAUCACCGACCUGACCAGGAUGAUCCAGAGACUGACUUCUGAUAUCGAGGCGCUUAGAGCGCAGCGUGCCAAGCUGGAGGCUGAGAUUACAGAAGCCGAGGAGCGCGGUGAGAUAAGUCUCCGUGACGUCAAGGUGCGGAUCACAGAGCUGGAGGCCGCUAUUGUCAAGGCCAAGCAGGACAUGGCUCGCCAAUUGCGUGAAUACCAGGAACUGAUGAACGUCAAGUUGGCUCUGGACAUCGAAAUUGCCACCUACAGGAAACUCCUGGAGGGAGAGGAAACAGGCUUAUCACCGGCAUCCAGACCCUCAACAUCCACACAUCCCAAGGAAUGGGCCAACAACAGUCGCAAUUUAGUUCAAUGGCUGGCGGCUCCAGUUUAGGAGGACUAGGAGGAGGAAGUUUAGCUUUCAUGUCCGGUGGCGGCGGCGGCGGCGGCGGCAGUGGUUUGAGCAGCGGUGGAUACAGCGUUCAAUACGGUAGCAGUGGUAGUAUUGGUGGCUUGGAAAGCUCCCGAGGCACACAGGGGAGUUUGCUCAUUAAAACCACCGACGUCAAAACAACCACUUAUUAAGCGGUUGCUUUAAGGGCUCUGUCGUGCGACGAUCUGUUACGCUGGUGUUGAUUCUCGGAAAGCUCACUGAAGGGUCUGUCUGAGUGAGACUUUCGUCUCCUGGUUCUGAGUAACAAUGAAUGUCCAUGUCUCAUGUUCAGCAGUGGGUCAGAUUAAAGGGUGUGCAGGAGUUCUCAUUGGGGAUUGAUUCAUUCACGUGAAUCAUCUGAUAUCUCCUUGCUGGUGUUGAGUGUUGGGUCGAUCUGAAAUGGAAAGGUUGGAAAGUUCGGGGCACUGCAAAGACAUGUUCUGGGUGUGAUGGGCAAGCUUUAGAAUCUCUCUAUUUGCUGUUUCCUCUUCAACGACGGUGGGACAUUUGCCGCUGUUGUUUGGUGUUCUUGAUUCUGUGUCCUUUGUAACGGGUGCGGGCGGAGAGAAAACUUUCUUCACAUUUCAUCUUGCAAUCAAUAAACUUUCAUUCGCUCGAA